AUGGAGACUGGUGUUCCGCCGAGGGAAGCUUUCUUCUCUGUGUUAUCGGGUGAGGGAAUCUCUGAAGAGGGCUAUGCUCAUGUGUUGAAAGUGUGGAAAGAAUGGGGCAUGAAGACGAUGCGAGAUUAUCACAAUCUUUACAAUCAAAGUGAUGUUCUUUUGCUUGCCGAUGUGUUUGAAAACUUUAGAAAGGUUUGCAAAGGGAUUUACGGCCUUGAUCCCUGUUGGUAUUACACUGCACCGGGGUUGUCUUGGGAUGCUUGCCUCAAGACAACAAAAGUAAGUCUUGAGUUGUUGAGUGAUGUCAACAUGUUACACAUGUUUGAAAAGGGUAUUCGUGGUGGUAUCUCAAUGAUUCCGACACGAUAUUCAAAGGCCAACAACAUAUACAUGGGAGAGAAAUUUGACCCCGAGCAACUUUCAAAGUUUAUCGCAUAUCUCGAUGCAAACAACCUCUACGGUUGGGCAAUGUGUGAAAAUCUGCCGACACACGGUUUUGAAUGGGUAGAUGAGAAAGAUUUUAACGAAUGGAAAGAUUUUCCAUGCGUUCUUGAGGUUGAUAUACUCCCCAUUGAGAAAGAACUACACGAUUACUUCAAUGACUACCCUCUCGCUCCUGAAAACUUGAGGGUUAAUAAAGUGAAAAAGCUGCUCUGCACCUUGGGUGGAAAGGAAAAGUAUGUCAUUCAUCACGAAACUCUGAAGUUUUACAUGUGUCUUGGAAUGAAGAUCGGAAAGAUUCACCGCAUCAUCAAGUUUGAAGAGAGUCCUUGGAUGAAACCGUACAUUGAUUUGAAUACAGAGAGGAGAGCCAAGGCUGAUACCGAUUUUGAGAAAGAUUUUUUCAAACGCAUGAACAAUUCUGUAUACGGUAAGACGAUGGAGAACAUUCGGAAACGAGUUGAUGUGAGGCUUGUCAACUCUGAAGAAAAGGCGAAGAAGUUGGUAAAUAAAGUGAACUUCAAACAUCGCACCAUAUUCUCCGAGAAUCUCUGCGCGUUUCAUAUGAGAAAGACACAAAUCAUCUUCAAUAAACCCGUCUAUCUUGGAAUGUGCAUUCUCGAUCUCAGCAAGAAGCACAUGUAUGACUUUCAUUACAAUUACAUCAAACCCAAAUAUGAAGACAGAGCAAAGCCUCUCAUGACCGACACAGACAGUCUAUGCUAUGAGAUUCACACCGAUGAUUUUUACCAAGAUAUAAAACCAGAUGUGCACAAACUGUUCGAUACGAGCAACUUUCCGAAAGAUCAUCCUUCUGGAAUACCGACCGGUGUGAACAAGAAAGUUAUUGGAAUGUUCAAGGAUGAAGCUGGGGGAAAGAUCAUUGAAGAAAGUCGAAAGCAUGAUAUAUUUAUGGAAGAGAUCAACAAAGUCGCCUUGUCUGCCAAUGAUGACAAGCGAAUCAUUCUUUUGAACUUAGUGGACACAUAUGCACCGGAGCAUUAUAAGAUUUAUGAAAUAAUUUUUAUUGAUUAA